GUCAAUCAUGUCAUUAUUAAACUUUUGGAAUGUUUUUAUUUGUCUAUAAUUGGGAUCUUAGAAAUUCAUAUUUUAAUUAAAAAAAUUUAAUUCGUUACAUGUUGCGAAGAAAAAAUUAAGGAAAUAAAUGUCUUUUGAGAAGGAUAUCCAGCUAAGUAAAACACUUUCCUGGCUUCUACGACAUGGAGCUGUGAAAGAAGGCUUACACAUCUCUAGAGAAGGAUUUGUAAGUGUAGUAGACAUAUUGAACCACAAAAGUUUAAGGAACCGCUACAAUUUGGAGGAUAUUAAAAGGGUGGUCGAUGUCAAUGAUAAGCAAAGGUUUAGACUAAGAUGCAAUGAUGGCAUCUGGGAGAUAUGUGCCAACCAGGGACAUUCUUUGAAAGCAGUUGAAGAUCCCGAUUUAGUUCCUAUUUUAGAAGCAAAUGGUACUGAGGCAAUUCAUGGCACUUAUAACAAAAAUUGGCAUGCUAUUAAGAAACAGGGAUUGAAGUGUAUGGGUAGAAAUCAUAUCCACUUUGCAACGGGUUUGCCAGAUGACAGGGCCGUCGUUAGUGGUAUGAGAAAAACAGCCGAAGUCUUUAUUUACAUCAAUUUACCAUUGGCCUUGUCUGAUGGUAUCAAAUUUUUCAAAUCCACCAAUGGCGUCAUUUUAAGUUCUGGAAAUGACAAGGGCAUCAUCGACCCAAAAUACUUCUUAAAAGUUUGUGACAGUAACGGAAAAUUUUUACUUUAAAUUUUAGAUAAGAAU